AUGGCAAGGAAUGUAUGCUUCAUCUCAGAAGAGCUAAAACCAGCAGUGGUGAUGGUCAUAGUUCAAGUAGCAUCUACAGGUUCUAAUUUCAUGUACAAAAUUGCAAUGGCUAAUGGUAUGGGUAUCCAGACUAUAAUCCUUUACAAAUUGCUGUUUGCCACAGUUUUCAUGGCUCCUAUUGCUUUUUUCACUGAGAGAGCAACGCUAGGCAAUUAUUUAUACGUUAAAAGCAUGUCGCUAACAUCAGCAACUUUUGUGACAGCAAUGUUCAACCUCAUUCCAGGCUUCACAUUAGUGUUGGCCCUAAUAUUCAGGUUGGAGAAAUUGGAUGUUAGAAACUCUGCUGGAAAAGCCAAAGUUCUUGGGACUGUCUUGGGCAGUGGUGGAGCAAUGAUUCUGACUUUUGUUAAAGGGAAGAAGAUCAAAAUAUUGUCACAGCAUGUUGACAUAAUUCCUCUCCACAAUCAUGCAUCAGUUCCAUCUAAUAAUGUCGUAGGCUCUUUGCUGGCCUUAUUGAGUUGUUUGUCAUUUGCAAUUUGGUUAGUUAUUCAGACUAAGAUGAGCCAUAGUUACCCAUGCUAUUCAAGUAUUGCAGUGAUGUGUUUCACUGGAUCAAUCCUGACUGGUGUUCUUGCAAUAUGUACUGAGAGGGAAUUGUCUUCAUGGAUGCUUGGAUGGGAUUGUAGACUCCUAGCUGUUGCUUAUUUGGGAAUUGUCAGUUCUGGACUAUGUGUGGCUGCAGUUUUCUGGAGCUCAAUGAUGAAAGGCCCUUUAUUCGUGUCUUCUUUCAGUCCUUUGGGACUAGUAUUCACUGCCCUUGCUGGAUCCCUCUUUCUAAAAGAGGAGCUGUGUCUGGGAAGCUUGAUAGGAUCCAUUAUCAUCACAAUAGGCCUUUGCCUUCUGAUCUGGGGUAAAGGCAAGGAGGCAACUGCAUCUCAAGAUGGAGAAACUGAAAGCAGGAGGGAUGAAGUAACCGAUGGUAGCCAGGCUGCUCCUCCCAUAUCAAACAAAUGGGGUUCAUCAACAAUUUAA